AUGGACGGUUUUGAUUGGGAUAAGGUAAGGCAGCGGCGAUCUGCUGGCCUAACAAACGCUACGCAAGGUCAUCAAAGCGAGGCCCAUAAAGACAGGGAGGACGAGCAGGGAACCCUAGGUCCGCAAAGAAACCCACGAGAAAAGGGUGUCUGGGGACGGUCCAAACUUCCCAGGAGUACCCCGUCGCACAACCAGAGUGACUCUCAGAAUCCCAAAACGACUAAACAUGACAAGAAGAAUUCACAGGCAUCCAUGCCUCAGUUUUACCCUAACAGGGCAGAGAAUCGAUACAGACAACCCAUCAAGCAAGAGAGGGAAAGCACUGUUAUCAGACUCACGGAUUUUGUCUCAUUGCAAGACGAAGACACAGCGUCCGCAAAAAUAACUGACUGUGAAUAUGUAGGGUCAUAUAACUGGCUUGAUGCACAGGAGCCAACAAUAUUGACACCAGGGGCACCGCCGAUUUGGACUCCAAUACGCGGACAUCACCAACUCAAGCGAGACAAGGGCCAGUAUUUUCGGGAUCAAAACUCCGCACGCUGGCCCAAACAUCCUCUCGAACCGGCGAUUCGUGCAGUGUUUGACCUCAACCCUAGGUUUAAUCCCGAAGACAUAGAUAUCGUUACUUGUGCUGGAACCAUUGGGAACAUCUAUAAAUUCGCCUCUUCGCUCGCAUGGACGUUCAAAUUCGACAUGCAAAAGGUGGGAAACACCAUCUUCAUGGUCAGAAAGGAACGCAAGCCAGACGAAAUUUUCGAGAAUCUGUUAGGCUACGGCCAUACCUUCCCUGAGGUCAACACAAGCUGGGACCGAUCGGUUAAAGGAUCCGUUUCCCACCAGCGAAUUAUUCGAUACAAAUUUAGCGGCCUCAAUCUGCUAGUCCGGUACGAGGCAGACGGCUACUUCCCUGACAAGGUCCAUAAGCAAGAUGAACCUUUCGAAGUUAUUGGACGCGACGCAAAAGCAGCCGAUAUCGACACUCUUAUCGGAGGUAUAGAAAACCACGACGUAGCAGAGAAGAAAGUGGCUGAGAGCGGCACUCUUCACAUUCGUCAGGCCGGGUUUAUUGUACCACAAGAUUCUUUGUUUGAUAUCAAGACCCGUAACCAAGGCAAUGAGAUCGAUUUGCCCGUCCAACAUCCUCGCCUAUGGGUGCGUCAAAUGAAAAACUUCAUCAUAGCCUACCAUAAAAAUGGAUUGUUUGGCACAAAGACCCAAAUUCACGAUAUUUCCACCGACAUAGAAACAUGGGAGCAGGAUAACAGUGUAACGACAUCCCUUGUGGGAGCGGUCCUGAAAAGAUUGAUCGCAGAAGCCACCAAAUCGGAAUCUGGCAAGCUCGAGAUAUCGCGAAAUCGGAAUGGUCCCCUUAUCGUUCAGGCUCAGGACGGCGGCCCAAGAGAAGUUCUUCCUGCAGAUCUCAAGGACAGAUGGGGAGGAAACGGUCGAGAUGGUGAGGAAGAAGAGGUGCUCUGUAGUGACGAGGAGUGGGACCUUGUUGCACCAGAAGGACGAGAUCUUUUGUUAGAUCAUUAG